UCCGCCGCCGGCUCCCGAUCUGAUUCCUGAUCCCUGAUUCCUUGGUCCUGGGUCCCGCCAUGGGAGCCUGAGCGCCCCCUAUUCCCCCCUGGCCCCCAGCCCCCGGGGCCUUGAGGGGGAAGAGGCAGCGGUCUGGGACGGAGCCGGGGGUGACCAGACUCAAGAGCCCCCCCAACACCUCUCAUCGCCCGCGCCGCCUGUCCGGGAGCGCCGAGUUCGGAGCGACCCGGAGCGCUGCGGAUACAAAGGCGACGGGCCGAGCGCGGCGCCCGCGGAGCCCACCCGGCAGUUCGCAGCGGCGGGAUCGUCGCUGGAUUUUCUCUGAGACAAGCCCACCCGUCCAGCAAAAUAGAGUCCCUCAGGGUGACAGUUGACUUCCUGAAGGUGCCUCUUGGCCUGAAGAAGCCGGUGCUGAAGGAGGUGGCUGUGGGGCCCCCCAAGAGGCCCCAGCCUGCGGCCCUGGAGCGCUACAAGGCGCGGCGUUCAGACGCCAUGGACACCGAGUCCCAGUACUCGGGAUACUCCUACAAGUCGGGCCACUCCCGCAGCUCCCGCAAGCACAGGGACCGCCGGGACCGACACCGCUCUAAGAGUCGAGAUGGGAGUCGAGGGGACAAGUCGGUGACAAUCCAGGCUCCCGGGGAGCCCCUGCUGGACAAUGAAUCCACACGAGGGGAUGAGCGGGAUGACAACUGGGGGGAAACAACGACAGUAGUAACGGGCACCUCAGAGCACAGCAUCUCCCAUGAUGACCUCACGCGCAUCGCCAAGGACAUGGAGGACAGUGUCCCGCUGGACUGCUCCCGUCACCUGGGUGUGGCAGUGGGGGCCACCCUGGCGCUGCUUUCUUUCCUCACACCGCUGGCCUUCCUGCUGCUGCCCCCACUGCUGUGGCGGGAGGAGCUGGAGCCCUGCGGGACAGCCUGCGAGGGCCUCUUCAUCUCCGUGGCCUUCAAGCUGCUCAUCCUGCUGCUGGGCAGCUGGGCUCUGUUCUUCCGCCGGCCCAAGGCCUCGCUGCCCCGCGUCUUUGUGCUGCGUGCCCUGCUCAUGGUGCUGGUCUUCCUGCUCGUGGUCUCCUACUGGCUCUUCUAUGGUGUGCGCAUCCUGGAUGCCCGGGAGCGCAGCUACCAGGGCGUGGUGCAGUUCGCCGUGUCGCUGGUGGACGCCCUCCUUUUCGUGCACUACCUGGCCGUGGUCCUGCUGGAGCUGCGCCAGCUCCAGCCUCAGUUCACGCUUAAGGUCGUGCGCUCCACCGAUGGCGCCAGCCGCUUCUACAACGUUGGCCACCUCAGCAUCCAGCGCGUGGCAGUGUGGAUCCUGGAGAAGUAUUACCAUGACUUCCCUGUCUACAACCCUGCCCUCCUCAACCUGCCCAAGUCCGUCUUGGCCAAGAAAGUGUCUGGCUUCAAGGUGUAUUCCCUCGGAGAGGAAAACAGCACCAACAACUCCACUGGCCAGUCUCGGGCUGUGAUCGCAGCGGCAGCUCGGAGGCGGGACAACAGUCACAAUGAGUACUACUAUGAGGAGGCUGAGCAUGAGCGAAGGGUGCGCAAGAGGAGGGCCAGGCUUGUAGUGGCGGUGGAGGAGGCCUUUACUCACAUUAAGCGGCUGCAGGAAGAGGAGCAGAAGAACCCCAGGGAGGUGAUGGACCCCCGGGAGGCAGCCCAAGCCAUCUUUGCAUCCAUGGCCCGUGCCAUGCAGAAGUACCUUCGGACCACCAAGCAGCAGCCCUACCACACCAUGGAGAGCAUCCUGCAGCACCUUGAAUUCUGCAUCACGCACGACAUGACGCCCAAGGCCUUCUUGGAGCGAUACUUGGCGGCCGGGCCUACCAUCCAGUACCACAAGGAACGCUGGCUGGCCAAACAGUGGACACUGGUGAGCGAGGAGCCGGUGACCAACGGGCUCAAGGAUGGCAUCGUUUUCCUCUUAAAACGCCAGGACUUUAGCCUGGUGGUCAGCACCAAGAAGGUCCCAUUCUUCAAACUCUCCGAGGAAUUUGUGGAUCCCAAGUCGCACAAGUUUGUCAUGAGGCUGCAGUCGGAGACCUCAGUGUGACUGUGCAGCAGCAGGCGGAGUGGGAGACUUUGGGGGGCUCUGGAGGGGUGGGAGGGGGCUUGGUUCUCAGGCCCAGCCACAUUCCUGCCACCCUUCUUCUUGCUCUUGUUUUUGUUUUUUGCUUUUUACUUGAAUUAACUUACCCCACCUCUCUCCUCGCCUCUUCCUUAUUUUACCCCACGUGAACCUGGAGAGACCAUCCUGCUAUCAGCAGUACCUGGGAAGGACCCCCCAACAACUUUUGUGUUACUCCGGGCCUGCAGGAAUCAGUGCCUCUCUCCCUCUUCUUUCCCCAGACUACACUCUAUCCUGAAAGGGCCCAGGGCCCUGUGAUUGGACCUUCCCCUCCCGAGCCCCUACUCACAAACCCAAGUUCUUGUAGCAUUUCUCUCCAGUGACCCUAACGGGGUUUCUCUGGGGCACAUGGACGUGACUCCAGAGAGCCACAGUGCCAAACUCCUCCACGGCAGCGGCUGGCCCUCCUGUCCCUCACCCCAGCCACAACAAACCCUGGGUUGUGAGCCAGGGAUCCUUCUGUCACACAGCUCCGGUUAGGAAUCUCCUUGCCAGGAGCAUUUGCUUCCACACAUAUUGAAAGCAAAGAAGGAUCCCCUCCUUUUCCCAGAAAUCUCCACCUCAUGUUUUUGAUUUGUAUGGUCACGUGACCAUAGGCAAACAGGUGGAAACCCUCUGUGAUCACUUUUACCAGGGAAGGUACCUUUCUUCCAGUGUGUCUUUCCUAAUUAGCUUCUGAAGAGGAGGGCUGAACAGAUCCCUGAGGUUUUGGAGGGACCCCGUCACUGACCUGCUCCCUGACCCUACCCUCACCUUCGUCCCCACUCUUCCCAGUGAAGGGUGGUAUGCAGACUCCUGUACAGACUUAGCGGCUUGCAGACACUGAUCCGGCCCCUGUGGUCUUAGACAAAUGUUUUCAUUUUUGUCACCAGCCACCCCCGUCCUGCUGUCUUCUCUCGACUCCAGAGACCUGUUGCCUCAUCUCUUUUGGGGAAGAGCUGGCAGCUCCUCCUCGCCCCCUGCCUUAAGUCCAGUUCUUUGCCUCAGGGGUCUCCUUUCCUUGGCCUUCCAGGGUCCCUGCCCCUUCUCUCCCUGCCUGAUUCUCUGGGCUCUGGGCUCUGGACUCCCUCUGUAUUGCAGUGAGGGACCAGGAUUACUGCCUUUUGUAGGUACUUCACCCCUUACCCUGUUUUAGCUUCCAUAGUCUUUGCACCAAAUCCAAAUUCUUGAUAUUUUAGAUCUCAGUUUGAGCAAAAUUUGCUGGCCCUCUAAUAAAUAUUUUCAAUAUAAAUCAGAGCCUUUGACUCAAACAUUUUUGCCAAGGAGAAUAGAAUUAGGGAGUACCCAUAUACAUCCAGCCAGGAUCCACAUGGAGGACCGUUCUGGUGGCUGGAAUGACUGGGCCAGUCCUCUGAGUAACUCAGUGUCCCUUUAUAGGCCCUUCUUUCCCCUGGAAGACUCGUUGUUACUUACCUUGCAGAGCACAUCCUGGCAUAAGAUCCCCGGGGACUCCCUGUGUAGUGGCAGCCCUGGGAAUGAUGGAGCCUAGUGAUCGGCGUUUCUCCUGCUGUCCUUUCUGCAAAAGUUUACCUGUUCACCCACCACAUGCUAGUGAGGGGCUCAUCGGCCAGUGCUACCUUGUUCCCAAAGGGGUGGGUUGUGGAGCUCAUUUAGGCAGGGCUUCUGGCUAGGGCCGGGGUUAUGGGUUAGGCCGGUGUGAAAUACGUCCUGUUCUGGGGGCCUGUCUCUUUUCUUCUCGUUAAAAACCUGGUGUCAGAGGAGUCCCUUCUGAGUUACAUAAAUACCUCACUAUCCUGAAAAACAGGGCCUGGAUGGUGACUGGGGUCAUUGCCUUUGUGGGCAGGAUGGAGUGUGGUGUGGUCUGAGGAGCAGGUUCGGUUUGGGGUGAGGGAAAGGAUUUGGGAUCUUAGUUGCUGCCCUAGGUUGAGGGCUGGGGAGUGUUUAUUUUAAGAUCCUGCCAUGUUUUUAAUCACUGUGAUUUUUUUCAUUCCCGUUUUCUAAAUAAUAAUUUUUUCCUCCAACUCUCUCUCUAAGCACUAAGGGCUGUGACUGAGAAUGGUAGCAUUUGGGUCCUUUGCAUCAGAACUGUGGUAUCUUUGUCUUCUCUGAUGAUGAUUAUUAUUGUUGCUUUUUAAAAUGUCAGGAUGAAUUGUCAAAUGUAUGGCUGCGUGUUUGUCCUUUUCCUCUCCUCUGUGGGAAGUUGUCUCCAUGCUGUGAACUGCCGUGGGGUGUGCGGCUGACUCAGUCCGCCUGAGCAGUCUCCCCACUAUGCUGUCCCACCAUGCGCUGGAUCUGCUCAUUCUCCUGCUGCGGGGGUGUGCCCACCUCUUGCCCCCUUGUCACCAUAGGGCUUCUGUGGCUGGGCCUCUGCAGCACUCUCUUUUGUGUGACUCAUGGCAUCCUCGCUCAUCCCCACCGUGCCUAGCAGGCCUUCCUCUUCACCGCCUCGAAAUGCUUGCCCUCCCUCGCUCCACACCAGGUCACUGUGCCUCAGUCCUUCACCUACCUCGCCACUUGCCACUGUCCCCAUUGGUCCCUUUCUCCUAAACUAGUCUUCGUGCUCUCUUUGUUUUUUCUCAUUCAUUUCCCUCUUGUCUCUCAUCUUUUCGUCCCAUUCUCCUUCCAUUUCAGCCCUUAACUUUUUCUCUUCCCCAUCUCCACUCAGUAUUCCAAUGGCAAACCCUGAUACAACACCUGUGGUGAGACAUCGGGCUCUCCGGAACUUUCUCAGCUGACAGUCUUUUUCCCAGGGUUCGCGCUUCGCUUCUCCUCCAUUGGUCCCAGGUGAACUCCCCUGCUCCUCUGUGGUGUCUGUCAGUCUGUCUGUCUUCUCCCUCCUCUGCCCUUCCCACAGGACAGUAUCUGCUGAUGGAUUCAGUCCUGGUGUGUGAUUGUUGUUAAUUUGUUCUUCUGUGCGCAAAAGGAAGGGGGCUUUUUGAGUCCCUUCCAAGUGAGAUUGUAAAUGUAGAAUUUUCCACUGUUGGAUCUAGAUUUUUUUUUUCUUUUUUUGGGGGGUUACAGAGCUGAGACCUUGUGCAUGCAUGUAGAAAAUUGUAAAAUGUAAAUUUUUUUUUAAUAUAUAAAAAGCUUGUUUCUACAGUUUGCAGUGGAUCUAAACAUUAUGGCAAUUUUAGGGUUUUUUUUCUUAAACAUAGGAACUAAAACUGUACAAAUUUUUUUUAUAUAAAAUAAAGACAUUUGACUUUUGUGGGGG